CCGCCAUUUUGGAUUUGGAAAAGAUGUGAACGAGUGAACACAUUUGGCAAAAUCAACGAAGAUGUGACCCUAACCCUGGAAAUCUUUUUGGCUAUUUCAGCAAAAUGGGCCAAGGUAGCUCUAAAGAACGCUACAAAAAUGCGGUGAAAAAGCUUAGCAGUUUAGAGUUGGGAAAUAUCGAGGCGGUUUUCAACGAGAUUUCAACGAAAACUGAUGAUGGCACCAGACAGGUUGAGUUGUCCAUGUUAAAUCGUCAAGAUUUUGCCGAACGCUUCCGGUUACCUGGUUUCAUUGCCGAACGCCUCUUUCACGCGUUUGACAGAAACGAGGUAUUACUGUCUAUUCACUACAUACGAAUGUCUUAAAAGUGCAGUCUCUGUUUAUUAUUAUUAUUAUUAUUAUUAUUAAUGUUAAUCAUAACUAUAAAUUCUCCAAACUAAUUGGCUAUCAUUACUAUAGCAAAAUUCUCUAAUCUGGUUGGCUAUCAGCUGUCCUGAUUUCAGCUUUAAUAGGAUAAUGUAAUAGGACAUUUUAGUCAUGCCAAAGUAAUUGGAUAUAAUCUGUGAUCACUUGCACACUCACAGAUUGAAUUCAGGAUGUUACAUGUCGAUCGAAAACGAUCAUUGGAAAGCUACUUGAUAAGUUGACAGUGCUGUUUUAGUAUAAAGUCUGUCUUUCGAUCUAUCAAGAAUGUGUUUAUUUUUGGUGCAUAACAUGUGAAAGUAUGAAUUUUUACAUGUGUUGCAUGCAAGGGUGUAUAUCAAAAAGAGAUUUGAUUUUGAAUAACUGCCAUGAAUUAAAAACUAAUGUUUUUGUGAGCCUUUCAAAAAUUACCACAGUGUGUACAGAAAAACAUAGAAAGGCAUAGAUAACGCUGAUAAAAUAUUAAAAGAAAUCUCCAGGUGCACUGCUUGCAAUUAAAAUUUGAAAAUGUCAUGUAUAAUUUGAAACCAGCUUUUACACCCAUCACACCUUUUUGAUACAUACAACAGCGGCCUAACAUUUCUAAAAGCAAAACACUGGGGAAAAGGUCAAGAUUUUAAUAACGAAGGUUUUUCUAAGACUAUUAGAUUCAUGCAAGAUCAUUUUCAGACAAGAAACUUCAACGGCACUGCAGCGGAAAGCCCUGGGAUCUUAGCUCACAGAAGCAAAUUUCAAGACAAGUGUUUGUUUUUUUACUUUUUAUCAGUGGGAAUAUUUUUUUGCCUACAGCUGAUGACCAAAAGUUUUGUGUUUUUGUUUCACAAGUGCAGAAUGAGCAGUGAAUUUUGUCGUUAGUUGACUGGAAGUUGGCUUAAGAAUCAAACGUUUUAGGCACCUGUGCGGGCUCCUUGUUUGAAAUUUUGGUCUCCAGAGGGCAGAUCGUAGACACCUCUGGCGACCGGGCACCCAUUAGGCAGCAGCCUUGUAUUAAAUGUUUCCCAUCUUUCCUUUCUGUUACAGAAUGGUACAAUCGACUUGGAGGAAUUUAUUGGCGGAAUAGCUUUGUGCCUCCAUGGAACUGUAAAAGAUAAAUGCAGAUUAUUAUUCCAUAUCUUUAAUCUGGUAAGGAAAUUUAAAACACAUACAAUGCAAUGUUGACAUGAAAUCAAUUUACCAAAAGAUUCCACAGUAAAAGCACAAUCUUGGAACCUCUCAUAUGAGGCUAAAAUUAGGGUAAAAUUCUAACUAGGGACAAGGCCUUGAAACAGCAACAUAAUAAACAAUUACUAUAAUUUGCAGUCUGUCUACCUUGAAUUGGAUAAAUUAGUUUUUGUGAUGUCCAGAAUAAAUUAGGUCAAGGUAAGUGUUUGGUUUACAGGAGGUUUGGCUGAAUUAGUUUACAAGCUGAGGAGGGGAGGUAGAGAAAGAACAAGAAUUGUCUUGUUUUAAGUUUUUUUUUUGCCAGAGCAAGGUUAGCAUAUUGGUGAUAGCAGUUUAUUCUCUCCUUCCACUGUAGUUCUGAAGGUGAGGCUGAGUUUGUUGUUUCUUCUUUUUCUCCCUCCAGGGGGUUUUUACAGGUUAAUGCUGGAGUUGGGUUCACUUUUACAACCUUUGUGAAUCAACUUUCACAAUUAAUUUCUUGUGAACUAUUGUAAACUUUUGAAUACAGGCAGAAGAUGGUGGAGUUAGCCGUGAUGAGCUGACAGCCGUUCUGUUAAGUUCCCUGGAGUCUGCUCAAACCAUACUGGACAACAUGGAGGAUACUACAGUUGAACAACCUGAAGAGGGAGAAGAAACAGACAAGCUGAUUGAAACAGUUACAAGGUGAAUGCUUUGUUUAGAGGUGAUAAAAAGUUCCUGGCAACUUCAGGCUGGCUCCAAAGACUUAUCUUGCUGCAAAAAAGAGUGAAGUAACUUACUGCACUUUCAAUAACAUCGGAACUCUGAAAUUUAAAAUCCAGCUUACAAUAGACCAAUUUCAAAAUAUGAAAAUUCAUACUUGGCUCUGAGGCUUGGGGAAAUAAAACAAAGGAAUCAUCUUGUGGCUCAGCAAUGAAUAAUACAUUUCUUUUGUCUUGUAACCAAGUGUUAAUCUAUUGAAAAUUGGACUAUUGCAUUUUUUGCUGCCAUCAAUCAUAUUUGCAAAAUUAUCACAUAACAAACCUUGGAACACAGAAGCACACCAAAAUUAUUUAAUGGAUAAUCCAUUUAAUGGAUUGAAAUCCACCAAUCACAAAUCACAAGCCAUGACUUUUGAACUCAUUGAAGUAAACAACGUUUCCCAAGAGGUCCACUAAGGUGAUUGAUGGCACCGAAGAAUGCAAACAUUAGUUGGCUUUUGAACUUGAGAAUUCGCAUGUGUUUAACAGCACAGUAACUCAGAAAUGGGAGAGAGGUGAACAAACUCUCACAUGUAAAAAAUUGUGCAACAACGAAAAACGUAUACCUGGCUCUGAUUAGCUACUGUUCCAUGUGUGAUUUUCAAAAGUUUCAGUUUAAAAGCAGAAUGUUUAAACUCAGGGGUAUGAAAAGUCUCCAGUGGCAGCGAACUCCCAAUAUUUCCCACUCCCUCCCUCUAUACUCUGGUGGGACUUUAUUUCAGUCAAACUUCUAUGAUUUUUGCUGCUGAUUUUGCAUUGGGGUGUCUGUUAUGGCAAGUUGUCCACAAGGCUGUUCACGGUAGUUGACUAGUCUUUAUCCAUGUGCCAAGAACUUAUGAUUGUUCUGAUUUUGUUGGAAUUUUAAUUUUUUGUUGAUUCUAGGAUUGUGAACGAUGCAUUUGAAACCUGCAAUGUUUCUAAAACUGGGAAGCUUUCUGCCAAGGUUUGUGUUUAAUAAUAAGUGCCUUGAAUUUGCAUAUUUUAAGAUAGAAGUUGUAAGUUACAUAAUGUAUUUUCUUAGCAGAAAUGGUUGGAUGGUGGUUGGCACUUUUCCUCUAUAUAGUAAAUGUGGCAACAGCUUACUGAUCAUGUCAUCAACUCGCAUGUUGACAACAUGUUGAAAACAUGACACUGCAGUUUAACUCAGAAAAAGUUUCUUUCUGUUUGUAGGAGUUUGAGAACUGGCUCUAUCGAAACCCUAAGAUCAUGGAUAAUGUCUUUGGAUGGCAGUGUCCCAGUCCUGAAGGUUAGAUUGUAUAAAAUAAUCAGAUGCCUGAAUCCUUCAAAGUGAUAAAAGAGAUGGGCCAAUCGCCAGUCAUUGAUCUCCAGUCUCACGAUCUUACCCUGGGUUGGUCAAUAGUGUGUGUAAAUGUCACUAGUCUUGAUGAUUUAAUGUUUUGCUACUCCAAAAAACUGUCCUGACUCUACCCCAAAGGUUUUAGCUACCCUUCUGUUCAUUUGACAUAAUGUGACUGUGCGAUGAGGUUGUCGUGUCAGCCCUCAAAUGACCUGUUCAUCACUGGAGGUCUUAGUAGUUUAGUGGUUAGAGCAUCCACCUAAAAUAGUUGGAACUCUUUGACCGAACGUUGUUUUUUCCUCUUCUGGCCCAUCUCCUCUUCCUUCCAAUGUUUUUUAUCGCAGUUAACUCACCAAAUCUGCACACCAGCAUUGGAAGGGUAGGAAGAUAGCAAAGUGUCCCAACAACUGUAGCUUGGUUUAUUACAUGACUUUUAUAAAAGGCACUGUUUACUGUUUACAUUGAAGAAGUUUCCAGUUUUGUUUACAUGAGAGGAAAGGUUAUUCCAAGGGAAGGGUUACCCUAGAUUUGCUUGUGAGGGUAAACCUACAAGUAGGUUGAACGUUUUGCCAUGUAAAUGGCAAAAACUUAAAAUCAUUACCAUCUCAGUACUGAAAUUAUGAAUAUAUGAAAAUCAUAUAUGUGAACUGCGGAGUAAAGAAUUAUUUGAAGGAAGAUCAUUGCAGUUAUAUACGCAACUUUUGCAGUUGCGAAAAGAAAGAAGGCUUUCUUUUUGCAACUGCAAAAGUUGCGUAUAUAACUGCGAUGAUCUUCCUUCAAAUAAUCGUCAGUACUGUUAGUAAUAUUUAUUAUCAUAACUGUCAAUAGGCAUGUUGAAUGAUUGAUUGCAUGCCAACCAUUGAUUGCCAUAGAUGUUGGAAGCAGGUACAGCUGUAAGCUGGUUUCGGAUGCUCAACAUAGUACAACAAAUCACUUGCCAUUUUAACUAACCAUCCACAAAAUUGUUCUUUAAACUAAGAGGGUCAAUGGAUGAAUGAGAGCUCUCCAGAGCUAAGUCCCACCAUGGCGCCAAGUAAUAAAGAACCAGAUGACUCUGUUCAGAGUGUAGAAAUUCAAGGUGUUACCUCCGACAAUCCAAAUCGUACCCUCAGUGACUUGUUUUCUACAAACACAACUGCCAGUGGGGAUGUGGAAGGACAUAAUUUCUUUGAUUCCAUUUUUGCGCCAAGUGCAACUGACCCUUUUGCUGAAGUGGCACAACAAAGUUUGCAGUCGAUGACAGAAGUGCCAGCAUUGACCACAGAAGAACCACCAUCAGAAGGCCAGCCAACGCAGGAACCUACCCCUCCUCCUUUGGAGCCUUUGGAGCUGAAUACCCAGGAAGCUUCUGACACAGAAUCACAGUUUUUGCAGUCUGAAGGACAUGUUCCUCCACUUGCACCGUUGCCAAGCCAAAUCAACCAAGGCUUUGCACAUCCAGCAAAUGUAGUGUCAAACACUGACCAUUCAACUCCCAGACCUAAUUUGCUGGAUGUAAAUAUUUCCCAGACCACAAAGCCUCCAUCCGCACCACCAACCCCUGAGGGGGAGUGUGUGAAGAGAAAACAAACUGAAGCUGAAAGACGGCACUCAGCAUGGAUUUGCAAUCCACAAACCAAGCAGUUUCUUGUUACCAUUGGCUCAGGAAUGUUGAAUCCAGCAGAUGUGGGUCAGCAGUUCUUAACCUCCCCAGGGCUGGUUAUUGAAUCUCCCCAGGUAUUGUAUCUUCACUCACAGGGCUGUCAUUAGGGAGUUCAAGAUUUUAGAUCAGCAAUGGCAGCCAAAACGUCACUUAUAAAUUGGAUUCGUCUUCAUUCUCACUGUAUUGCGAUUAUUGCAACUCGAUUAAUUUGUCAAUAAUAUUGUAGGUGUAUUCUCCCAAUGAUAGUUUGCAAGGACCUUGUCCAAUCUCAGAAAGAGAAAGAAAAAUUGCUGUUAAGUGUUCACAUCCUGCACAAUGCAUCAAAUUAGAAAAAUUUCACUCUGUAGUCACUCGGUUAAGGCAAAUAAAUUUACCAUGACUCAUGAGCAGGGUUGAUGUUUUGCUUUUUCGACGUUCCUGUUGCCGUUGCUGUAGUGACAUCUUAAACUCCCUUUUAAGGGCCCAGGGCUGGGAUUCUGGCUGCUACUCAGAACAUGUCUCCUGGGGCCUGUUUCUCGAAAGUCGCACUAACUUUUCGGGCCUGAAAACACACAUUCAAAUCGAAAUGUAAAGAAUAAGAGCACAGGUCCUGGCUAGCAAACCACUCUGUUUUGUUUAAUUAACUAUUAGAUACAAAACUAUUGAAACCUCCAUCUUGCAUGAAGACAGCAACAGCUUUACGGGCCCGUUAUUAUGGGCACUUUUGAGAAACUGGUCCCUGGUCUCUUUCAUAGGAACAAAAGAAAAUUAGAACCAAAAGGGACAAAAUUUUUUGUUUAUGGGAGCAACAUUGUAGUUGAGACCAAAGCUAAGUUGCUUAAAGGGUGAUUAACACAUUAAGAUAAGUUGCUAUGACAGCUGGUUUGGUCUGUUUUCAGUGAAUCAAGGAAUAGAGCUACAGGUAGCUAGGCUUUGAACAACUCAGCCCAAGGUUUACAGUCAAGUCAGGUCAAACAUACCCGCCCCCCCACCCCAAGUUUCCAUCAAAGAAAAUGAAUGAUCAUUUGAAGGUUGAAUCCCUUAGUACAGUAGUUGUAGAAAUCAGAUUCAUCUCUACUUUCCUACAUGUGUAAUGAGCAGUACAUUUAGACACAAAGUAGUUUUGAGAUUCCUUCCAGCUCCGUUUUCUUAAAUAUUUAUUAACGUCUUCAUAACAAUUUUAUCCAUUCAAAGAUGUUUUAAUCUGAUGAAAUACUGAGAAGCUGCAGUCAAACAUCACCAAUGGUGGCAACGACUCGUGGAUUCAUUUUUUUUCAAAUAAUCAAUUCAUUUCCUUAGUCUAUGGGGUUAUGCUUGGCCUGGCUUGAUGUUGAUAGCGAGAUGUCAUGCAUACUGUUUGCAGCAUAUUUCUUUAAGGAGAAGAUUUACUUUGCAAAUAAGAGUAGAGUGGCUUACAUUUCGGUGUGGCCAAAGUUUCAAAGGGGCUCAUCUUCAUCUUGAGUAAUUGAAAUAAAUAGCCUAGUGAACCUAGAGUGGUUUACAGUGUAAUCUUUUUCUUUGAAUUUAGGUAGACCCGGUAAAGGAGCUGUUAACAAAGUUUAUGGGUGGACAAGAAGCUGAUUACAGAAAGACACUGAGUGUUGAUAGUGUUCCAUUGGAUGAAUCAGGACUCAGAGAACUGCUGGUUUGUUCUGUUAUUAUACAUUUCUCAACCUCUUUAUGAAGUGAUUUUCAUUCAAAUGGCUUAUUCAAUACUAACUUGAAGUAAUUACAGAUUGUGGAAGUGUGAUUGAGAUUCAAAUAUUUUUUGUGCGAGAAAUCACAGUCUUGACAUGUUUUAACAUGAAAAUAAGGCAAGUAGUAACUUACGAGAAAACGAGGUAAACUUGUGUGAAAAAGAAAAAGGGGAACAUUCUCAAUUUUAUUCCUUAAAUAAAAUUAGAAAGCAUUCUGUCAACCACAAGGUUACUGUGAACUUAAAACUGAUUAUUGCCUGGUCUUGUCUUUAGUCUUCUCAAUGUUGGAGAGCUGCCUUAGAAUUCACUACCAGAUUCCUGACAGCUCAUGGACAGGGUGUUGGUCAGAAAGGACAGAGGGCAUUACAUACUCACAAGACAUUGCAGGUAGGCCAUACAUGCUUACCUCAUAUUUAAACCAGAGAUCUUUGCAUACUUUUUCAUAAGUAGGCAUGAAGGUGACUGAGUAAUCUUUAUUUCUUGGCACUUUGAGUCAGUAACUUUCCUUGCUUUUCAAUUUUUAAAAAAAAUAUGUCGCUAACUACAUGUAUGGGUGCUGCAGCAACAUUCUGUGAGCUCUUCCAUAAGAUCCUUGUUUUUGAACUUUGAUUAUAUUGAUGGGGUAAUAGAAUUAAGGUGCUUUAUGUGGCAUCACAAUAUGUGAACACUUUUGAAGGGAAAAUUACUAUGCAAGGGAUCCUUAAACUCCAGCCAUCAAUAACACACAAGGAUUUCAUCACUGUUAGAAGGUAACCAAAACUAACCGACUUAAACUGACUUGGCUCAUUCCUUGUAUGGCAGGUUUGGUUCUGCAGAAUAGCUUUGCUGUUCAAACUUCAGAUGUUCAGCACAGCCGAGGUUGAGUUAGAGGCAUUUGGGAGCUUUAACCAACCCGAUCUGUAUUAUGAGUUUUAUCCUGACACAUACCCUGGCAGGAAAGGUGAAUAUUGAAAAUUAAUUUAAAGGAUAAAAUAAAUGAAUGUUUUUUGAGAAGAAUGGCAUUUGAAAGUCAUAUGCUGGACUUUAGUGCAUCCCUAGAUGCAAGGCUAUUGGAUCUCCCUCCAUGUAGCAUCCAUAACUCAGUACAACACUCUGGUAUGCUCUUUUUUAUAAGAAUGUAUUAAUUUGGAAUAUUGGGGCUGCAAUUUGCAACAUUUUAAGAAUAUUUAAAGAAUAAACCCCAGGCUGAGAUUUUGAAAAGGAUAUAAUUUUGUAUGUUGAAAAUCCGUGAAUACAAUACAACAUUAUACGUUCUUAACUCAUUCCUUUCUCUAAACAGCAAAACUAGCCUACAAAACGAAAAAACCUGCACUUACUGUAAUUGAUGUUGGUGUUGAUAUCGAUUCUAAAAAGGAAAUGUUAUAAGCUUUAAUUUAAGAAUACUACAAGAUUAUUUUCAGCCUAAAAUAGCCAGAAAAUAAGAACAUUCAGCCUGGGGUGGAAAAAAAUCUUAUAGAAGAAAAAAGAGUGUUAUGGUUGUCAUUAGUGUCAAAAUAUUAAGCACUGCUUUUAGAAAGUUAACCAUUGAUUUUAAAGGUGAAAUAGGCAGAUACUUUCCAAUCAAAAAAAGGAAAUUCCAGUAAUGAAAUGCCAGAAAUGUGCAAGGAGUGUCUCUGAUAUUUUAUACCAUGUACUGUUGGUAUCUAUAAAAAAAAUUAUGCUAUUGUAAGUGACAUGUAUGAAACUACAUGAGUUUAAAAGACUGCAAAACCAUGGCACACUGACAAAACUUACUAUGUGGACCUAAACCCCAAUCCACAUCCUAAAAAUCCUCUUUUCUACUAAAUUUGUGACCUUAUUAAUUUUUAUCCAUCCUCUUUUUUUCUGACUCACAUUUUUUUACUGUAGAUGCAUUUUAUUUAUUCCGUUGUCCCGUUCUUUUACACUUUUUAUUUUUAAAGGCUUGAGACUAUUAGCCAAAAACUUAUACCAAUCUAAGUAAAUUUUUCUGUUGUUGUUGUAAAAUACAUGUAUGUUUGAACAGUAAGAUGUGACAGUGAAAAAGUUCCUUCAGAUAUGACUCUUUCCUUUGUAGGAUCCAUGGUGCCAUUUUCCAUGCGGAUCUUGCAGGCUGAGCUUCCACAGUACAUGGGUAGACCAAGGGAUGCUUUGGAUAAUCUGUAUGCGCUGCAAAGGACGUGCUUUCAAGUGCAAGAAAACUUGCUGCAGAAUUUAACUGAGGAUGGAAGCCAGGGGGAGAUGGCACCUGAAUAUAAGAUGGGUAAGCCGAUGCUUAAUGUUUUUUGUUCACAGUUCAGAUUAAAUUAAUCGUCUUGAUUUACUAUCAGAUAUAUAUAUAUAUAUAUAUAUAUAUGCUACACGAGAAAUUUGAUUUCAUGUUAAUUUUGAUUGAACCAAGGCUGAUUCUCAAUUUCUCGUGUCUCCUAGCCCUAGAAAACAAAGGAAAUUGAGAAUCAACCUAGGUUGAAAAUUUUUAACCUGAAAUCAAAUUUGAGCUGUAACAUACAUAAUUAUCGUCACCCUUUAUAGGGCUUUUCAGGGAUAAUUGGCAAUUAUUUAGUGAAUGAAGCUGAGUAGGAUGUAAAGAAUUAAGCACUGUCGAGGUGGAUAAUGUUCAUCCUCCGAGAUCUGCAUAAUUCUUCACAUGGUACGACAGCCGAAUUCAAUAAUUGUUUCAUUAUUCAUUCAAAAUAUUUCUAAGUUCUUAACGUGCGUACCUCCUCAUAGACUUUCUUCAAAAAUUUGGCCUAUUUCUUGUCACGGUUUCAGGGUAUAAACAAAUCUUUUACCUUGCAGAUACUCCUCAAAAAGUCAAAAAAAGCACUUUAUUUGAGUGUCAAUGUAUUUAGCAAGAAAGUACUAAUUGGGGACACUACGGGGCCGCCAUUUUACGUGUUCAUCCGAAGGUCUAGCCUUUUGCAGGGCAAAGCAAGUACCUUCAUUUCUCAGUUAUUUUAAGACCCUGAGUAUUGGUCAGGCCCCGGGAAUCGAACCCGCGACCUCUCGCUCUGCAGUCAAGCGCACUACCCACUGAGCUAACCCUGCUGCGGUUAAGUAGACAACAUCCAUCGAAUUCUUGCAGUUUUUCCAUUCAGUUUGGUCAGCAAUUCAGCUAUUUCGUCUUCCAAUAGCCGUGAGUGCCACUGUUUUUAGUUCACUGUUGCCCAAGAAGCCUCGUUUCCAUUCAAAUAUACCAUCGAUCAGCCUUGUUUCCAGUCCACCGAAUCGACGGUAUGUUGCUUCCAUCUUCCAAAUAUAGUUUGCGCUUCUUGGUUAUGAAGAAUUAGCCGGGGGAUUGGAGCCAAUGAAUCAGGAACGGCGAAAUAUUUUGAAUGAAUAAUAAUGUAACUAAUAAUUCAAAUGGAAAUUAAUUUUCAGCUGCUAUUGAGCUGUGGGUCGCCAGAGAAGUGCGAGUUCUUUAUUCAAUAGGAAACUGUUUCCUUGGAAUGAAGGUGAGAUGAAAUACCAGCGGUGCCUUGAUGAGGGGUUGCUGCUAUUCAGCCUAGAAUGAAGUAAAAUUUUCGGGAUCCGGGACUUAAAGUUACUUGAAGGCCGGGAUUCGGGAUUUUUCAGUUAAACGAGAUUCGGUCAUGUUGUUUUAAGAAGCCGAAAUUCCAUGAGAAAAGUGAACUGCCUUUUCGGCAAAUUUUGAGAAAAAAUUGCUUUGCUUCCCACCUGUCGCGCGUGUUUUUGCCCCACUAUCUGCCACUUGUUCCUUAGCCUGCGAGCAAGCUCUCCAUUUGGGGGAUAUCGUGAAAAGUACACGCCCGAGAGGCACGCGAGAGGAGACGCGUCAUCUGAAGCCACUGUCACGCCACGUUCAAGCCAAUUUAAGAAUUCUUGUCGUUAUUUCCGGAAUUGAACAACACCAGUGGGAUAUGGACUGGGGCGUUUCAUGACUUCGGCCAGAUCGGCCGCUAAAGAGACUACCUCGUAAAGGAACCAAUUCUAGGAAAGCGAGCCCGCACUGAUUGAGAAAAACAAAGAAAAUCACUCUCGCUAAGGAGUUUUUAGAAAUCAGAUACUCGUGACUUCUUUUCAACUUUUUCUUGGUGUCUGGAGUUUAGAUGAAACAGUCUUUCUCCUCAUUUAUGCAUCACAGGUCCUCUACAUCACAUACCAUAUACAUUGUCAGUUUUUGGUGAAGGUGGCCGUGGUGGGAGCGAAAGGGGGGUUGUUGGGUAAUUUUGACACCUUGAUGGGCAUUGACUCUAUGUUACAAUUGAAUCAAUUUCACUGGAAACCUGGAAACUAGAAACCUCUUUCCUGGAUCUGAUCUGGGCCCCGUUUCUCGAAAGGCCCGGGAACUUUUCGGGCCCGAAGGCAAAUUUUAAAAUUUAAACUUGUUCAAUAGCACAGUUCCUAGCUCACAAACCCGUCAAUUUUGUUUCGUUAACUGACAGUUUCAUUGUAUCAUUUUCAAAUCAUUGAAACUUUGAUCUUCAACUUAAACGCGGCAAACAUAAAUCAGCUUUUCGGACCCGAAAAGUUACCUGGACUUUCGAGAAACGGGUCCCCGAAUUGAUUUGAUGCACGGUUUCAUCUGCCUAUGUUUUUUCUCUUCUAGGAUUACAGCCUGGCGGUUGCUGUGUUUGAGUCUAUCAUGGCUAGGGAUCCUUCCUCCACUUUUAGCAUGUUAUCUGGAAUUGGAAGAAUUUACCUACAAGUGAGCCACUCCUAGAGUAAAUAGAUAAAAGGGAGAUCAAGCAACCACCACGGCAACGGCAGCGAAAACUACGCUUUUCGCGCUGUUUAAAACUUCAUCGCCUUUAUUCCAACUCUCUUAAUUUGUCAAAUGUUGGUGAUUCUUUUCUGGAAUUGAAUUCUAAAGGACUGAACUGUAUCUAAUUUCACAAAGAGAAAAAGAAAACUGUUGUCUUGUGAUCACGUCCUCAAAAAAGACGUGAAAUUAGGCGGGAGUGCAACGACGGCAAAGAAAUGUUCCUAAAAAGCGGCCUCUGAUGCACGUGCAAAGUUUUUGUUUUGCUAAACUAAACCCAAUAUGGGACUCUGGCCUUUUUUGCCGUUGUCGCUGCCGUUCGCCGUCGUCGUUGCCGCUUAAUCUUCCUCUGACUAGCGAAAAGAGUCUCCUAGGAAACUACAGUAAAGUGCAGUACAGAGCAGAAUGAAAUUAAAUAGUCUAGCACUAUAUUAUAAGAGAUUCAGAGGUUGAAAACCGCUCAUCUCAACUGAAACUACAGGACAGGAGAGCAAUUUUGUUUCAUAAUAGAAAUGCAAAACUUUCCAUUUAGUUUUCGUUAAGUUUAUGCCAACAUGAAGAUCGUUCGCUUUUUUUGUAAACGAAAGAUGCUUUUUCCACUACGAGUUUUAAAUUUUUGUGGUAACAUACACCGAUCAAUACCCUCAACAGUUUUGGAGGAUUUCCAGUCGCCUAAUUUAUAGAAACCCCAUUUCUCUUUUAGCUUGGAGACUUAGACGCCGCACAAAGCUACUUUAAGCAAGUGGAAUCAAAGGCCAGUGGAGAUCCAAAGUCACUCAGCAGCGUAGUCAUGAAUAAGUAAGAUUAUGCUAAAAAAGUUUAUCUCUGAUGCGUAUAGGCCUCCUAUACAAAGGAACCAACUCAGUGCUUGGAUUGGCAAAUACAGUUAUUUGUUUGAAUUUGUCCAGUAAAGCGUAGUCCCCGUCCACACGUGUGCAUCUCCAGGUGUUUUUGAAAACGGAGAUUUUUGUCUCCGUUUUAGCCGCCCUUCCGUCCACUCGUAAACGGCGUUUCCAGCACCAGCGCAAAAUACCAUAAUAUUCUUUAACCUGCUGUUUAUCUGGUGCUUCAUGUAAACCUUACUUUUGCGGUAUUUUUUGUUGUUUGCACGAACUGUUCGUGCAGUGUAUGCAAAUGUACGAGACGCUGAUGCAUUGCACGUGCAAAUCGUGCAGAGAAUAAAAGAUAUUGAAAAAGUCGGGUUUACAUGAAGCACCACCCAAACGGGAAUUUAAAGAAUAUUAUGGCAUUUUCCGCUGAGGCCAAUUUGACAAAAAAUUUUACAAGUGUGGCUGUUGAAUUCAGACUCUAAAACAGUAGCUACAGUAGCAAAUUACAUUUGUAAACCCCUGAUUGGUUGAGAAAAUGCCUCGUCCACACUAAUGCGUUUUCGUUUAGUGAAAACGCAUACAUUUCGAUGCGUUGUGGCCUUCCAUCCACACUAAUACGCUGAGAGUUUUUUGAAAGUGGAUCAAAAUGAAAUCGCAUACAUAUCGUAUUAGUUUGGACGGUCGAAAACGGUAAAAAACGUAUCACAAUGAAAACGAUGACCGAAAAUAUCACAGGUGCGCGCGCAUAGAGUUCAACUUACGUCACAACGUUCAAUUCUAUCGUUUUCGAACGUUUUAGUGUGGACAGCUGAAAACGCAUCAAAAUGGUAGUGAGGAAGCGAAUCGAUCCAUGUGUUUUCGAUGACAACGAAAACGCAUUUGUGUAAACAGGGGCUUAGUUUCGCCAGUACAUGAUUCCAUAGCAAUGCAAAAUAAAAUCAAUAGUUAAUGAACCCCCCAUCCCACCCCUCAAAGCGCAACAAUACAUAACCAACAAAUGACAAAUUGUUAUAAAAUGUUGAUAUUUUAUGUAUCGCCGCAAAUUUAUUUAUUCCUUAUUAUUUUUUUCAUCCUGUCUUGCAUUCCAGAGGUUUGUUGGCUCUGUCUGCUGGAUUAUUUGACGAAGCUCAUAGACAUUUUAUAGCCUCUACCAAGUUAGAUCCCCAGAAUUCCGUGGUAAGCACUUUGCCUGCUCUUUAAGACUAUCUGCCGUCUAGAGUUGGUCUGAAGAAAAAUUGCCUUAAUUUUGUUUGUUUGCGUCUUUGUUUUUGCACACAGGCUGUCAAUAAUGUAGCUGUUUGUCUACUUUUUCUCGGAAAACUAAAGGAGGUAAGCAAAUAGCUUUAAAGGUAUCGGUAAGUUGAGUAUUAAAGUAGUUAUUUGCAAGCUUGUCUCAAUAAUACUAGGGCGCUUUCCAUUCAACCCAAAAUUCCAGAAGUUUCAGUUGUUACGUCGAAUGAAACGGACCAUUUCGGUUUCGUCCGAUCGGAAUAAUCGGGACCAGCUUUGAAGGUGGUCCUCUUUGACAGGUCUGGUCAUUUCGGUCGGUCGGACUGAAAUGUCCCUUUCCAUUUGACCAAAUUGUUCCGCUCUUUUGUAUCCUAGACUACGAGUAGUCCCCCAUUUUUCCUCAGGAAUAGUAGAGCGAGCGAAACGCGAGCGCGCGUGAAAAUCACCGCACGCGAGAAAAGGCGACCCACCCCCCGAAAAUCAUACCGGUUAAGGCUUCUGUUUACACACAAGACCGGUGAUUUCGGCGCGAUUUCUGUAACAGGGCGAAGUUGCGCCACUUUUCGGUGGAGUGUUAACAGGUACCGCAGCGGAAGAACCCACUGAGAGAGAAGUAAAUAUUCAGGAGUGAGGGCUGAGAUUGAGUGCACCAAACCCUCUCGGUCAACCGCCCCUACACGAUGUUGAUCGAUUUUCGAUGUGUGUGAACGACUUGUUUCAAUUUCGGGCCUUUGCUGUUCAAAAUAUUCCGGAUAGCUUUUCGUGUCGACACGAGAAGCUAUCCGGAAUAAUAUAGACAUAGCCUCGGAAUCACGUUUACGCGAAACGCUAAACGGACGGUCAGAUUUUAGUUGGCACUCUUUCCAACUAGGCAAUAUGCAGGUAAAAACUAUCCCAAAUUAUUCUUACGGACGAACCUUACAAACUGCCAUCUUUCUGUAGAUGUAGCAAACAGUAAACGACAAGUUAAGGAAAAACCUGGUCACGUGGUACAAACUAACGCUUGCCGUUUGCCCAAAACGUGAUGAUUUCGUUUGGGAACACCCCACUAACCAAUCAGACGUGUAGUCAGUCGUCACGUGUGCGCUGAUUUUCCCUCGCCUCAGCAAACGGGGAGCAAACGUCUGUUGCUCGUCUGUUUUCUGUUCUGCAAUCUACUGUAGCAUACAUUACACUUUGCUAGUUUUUAACUUGAUGUUGUAUUGUACUAUCCUUCAGGCGCUUGCGUUGCUGGAGAGAAUAAUUUGGGCGGAUCCUACAACGAAUCUACAAGAAGGACUGCUCUUCAAUCUAUGCACCAUUUACGAACUGGAAUCCUCCUACAGCCUUCAGAAAAAGCAAAAACUCUUAGAGUUUGUGUCGAAACAUCGAGGAGACGGUUUUAAUAUUUCCUGCCUCAAGAUACCUUGAUUCUUCGGAUAUCUGUUAGCCGACAUCUUUAAGAACAAAACGAGAACGUGGUUGAAAGGAAAGAAAAUAAGAAAAUAAUCCACACGUGUCGAUAAAUGCCCAUGGAGUGUGGUACUGCGUUCUUCACAUUUUCAAUAGACUGCCAGCUUUUUCUCAUUUUUCUUCAAGUGGUAUAGUGGUACUCGUAACAUGCGAGAAGCGAGCGAGACUCGAGAAGCGAGGGCGUCUGCCUCUCCCGUCUCGCUCCCCAGUUGCACGCGUGGCCAUUUUUGUCUCUACCACCUUUCGCUCUAUUGAAGGACUAACGAAAAUGAAGCACUGCUCCUUGUUCAAAUUUUACUUGAAACAAGAUUGUCAUGGUUCUCCCACUCGCCGCAACAAGCUUACCAAGCUGUGGCAGACUUCACUUCUUUCUCAUUAGAGAGUUUAAGCUUCACGUAUACGGCAAACG